AUUAAGAAACGACGCCGUGUAAAGUGUAAACCAUUUCGGUAUCACCGGCGGUGUUUGAAUGGAGGAGUUACCGGAGUGUCCGGUGUGUCUCCAAAGCUACGACGACGGAACCGCGAUUCCACGAGUUCUAUCAUGCGGCCACACCGUUUGUGAAGUUUGUCUUGUUGAGCUUCAUCAGCGAUUUCCGAACACAAUUCGUUGCCCAGCGUGUACACAGCUUGUUAAAUACUCUCCCAAACAAGGUCCUUCUUCUCUUCCAAAAAAUAUUGAUCUUCUUCGACUCUGCCUUCAACAACAAGACUCUUCAGAUGAAAACCAGUUGCGGAAAUUGAAUCAACAGUCCUCGAUCAACGAUGAAUAUUCAGCUCGAUUUUGGUCUGAUGAGUUUUAUGUUGCUUGGAAGGAUUGGAUUCUUCCGCACGACGCCGUUUCGGUUGGCGAGGAUGGUUUUGGUUUGUUCAGUUCGAGUUCUAAGGGUAGGGUUUGCUUUGGAGUUAACCAUACGGUGAGUCUUGUUCCGGUUGUUACUUUGCAUACUGUUAGUGAUUUGAAGUUUAAGUUUAGUUAUGUUGCUUGGGUUAUUAAGUGUUUGGAGGGAUUGACUGAGGCUGCGAGGGACGCUUUAUGUUUGAUUCUAGAAGCUUCCGUGAGGCAGAGUAGGAUUUGCAGGGUUUAUGGGCUGUGGAGUGAGGUUAGUGAUGGUUCUCUGUAUUUGGUGUGUGAGAGGCAUUGUGGUAGGCUUUUGGACAAGUUUGGUGGAUUGUGGAAUGGGGAUGGUUUUGAAUUGGAUAAAGGCGGGGUUUGUAGUUUUGCAAUGAUGGCUAAGGGUGUCGUUGAAGCGGUGAUUGCUUUGAAUUUGGAAGGUUUGGUUGCUGGAUGUUUGGGACUUUCGUGUUUUUCUUUUGAUGAGCUUGGUGGCAUUUGUAUUGAUUUGAAUGAGGUGUUGUUGAUGGGAAGGAAGAUUUGGGAUGAGGUUUCUGGUGGUGCGGGUGAUGAACAUGAAGCAAUGUGUUUAGUUUGUUUGGACAAUGAGAUUUUUGUUAGCGUGGAGGUUUCGUCCAAGUUAUUGAACAAGGGGGUUAUUAGUCCAGAGAGUGGGGAUUCACGAUAUCCAGUUGGGUAUGGCUCAGAUGUGUGGCCAUUGGCUUGUGUGUUGCUGCGGCUUCUUGUUGGAAAUGCUUUCCCUCGGAUUACCUUGGAAGUGAGUGAAGAGAAUGGCCUUGACGUUUCGGCUAGUUACACUUCUUGGGUGGAGAAAGUUAGUUCUGUUGUGGAAGAAAAAUUUGGGUCUGAGUAUCUGUCACUUAAGCAGACUCUCUGCAAAUGUUUAGACAUCAAUCCGGGAAGUCGUCCAAAUGUGGUGGAUGUAAGGAAAUGCAUUCAGGAUGUGCUAGUCAAACAUCAAUUUGGUAUUUUGGGAAAUACAGAGAUUACAGUAAAUAGGAACAACAUAGACCACCCUAUGAUUCUUGCCAUGUUGUUCCAGUUGGUUGAGGAAAGUUCUAAGGAGCUGAGAGAACAUGAGGUGAAAGAAAAUGGUAGUCAACCUGAUUUUCUUCAAGGUGCGGAAAACAAACCCGAUGAAGACCUUGUUGCUAGCUUAUCUAAUGGAAUGACUGAGCUUAAAGAUCUGCAAGGCCAUCUUGGUUGUAUCACUGGAUUAGCUGUAGGAGGGGGGUAUCUGUUUAGCUCCUCUUUUGAUAAAACUGUUCGUGUAUGGUCCUUGCAGGACUUUUCUCAUUUGCACACAUUUAGAGGUCAUGAGAAUAAAGUCAUGGCUCUAGUUUAUGUUGAUGACGAAGAACCAUUAUGUAUAAGUGGUGAUGGUGGUGGGGGAAUAUUUGUCUGGGGGAUUACUGUACCUCUUAGGCAAGAUCCCUUGAGGAAAUGGUACGAGCAGAAGGAUUGGCGUUUUAGUGGUAUCCAUUCCUUGACUGCUUUCGGAAAUCUUCUCUACACUGGAAGUGGAGAUCGAACAAUAAAAGCUUGGUCAUUAAAGGAUGGAACUUUGAUGUGCGCAAUGAAUGGCCACCAAUCUGUAGUUUCCACACUUUCAGUAUGUGAUGGUAUUCUUUACAGUGGUAGUUGGGAUGGAACCAUCCGAUUGUGGAGUCUUAAUGAUCACAGCCCGUUGGCGAUACUAGGGGAAAAUUUGCCUGGAGAGAUGAAGUCUAUCCUGGCUAUUACUGCUAAUAGGGAUUUUCUGGUUGCAGCAUAUGAGAAUGGAUGCAUAAAGGUCUGGAGAAAUGACGUGUUCAUGAAUUCCAAAACAUUGCAUAGUGGUGCCAUUUUUGCUAUGAGUAUGCAUGGAAAAUGGCUUUAUACAGGAGGUUGGGACAAAAAUGUUAAUAUACAGGAAUUAUCGGGAGAUGAGUUUGAACUGAAUGUCAACGCAUUUGGAUCCAUUCCUUCCAGUUCUGUUGUGACAGCUAUAUUAUGCAGCCAAGAAAAACUUUAUGUUGGAUAUGGUGACAAGUCUAUCAAGGAAAAUCUUGGUCGCAUUCAUAAGACUUUCACUGACUUCACUAGCUUGAACCACUGGGUAGUUAAUGACUAUUUCCGAUUAGUGAACUCUGUCAAUGCCUUUGAGCGUCGGAUUCAGGCACUAUCCGAUGACCAGUUGGCUGCCAAAACUGAGGAGUUUCGUCUCCGGCUCAAGCGUGGGGAGACGCUUGCGGAUAUCCAAGCUGAGGCGUUCGCUGUUGUUCGUGAGGCUGCGAGAAGAAAACUUGGAAUGCGCCAUUUUGAUGUUCAGAUUAUUGGUGGAGCUGUGCUGCAUGAUGGGUCCAUUGCCGAGAUGAAAACUGGAGAGGGGAAAACCUUAGUCUCCACCCUGGCAGCAUAUCUUAAUGCUCUGACCGCUGAGGGUGUCCAUGUUGUAACUGUGAAUGAUUAUUUAGCUAAACGUGAUGCUGAAUGGAUGGGGCGUGUUCAUCGUUUCUUAGGUCUUUCUGUUGGUCUUAUUCAGAAGGGGAUGAAAUCCGAAGAACGGAGAUUCAACUAUAGAUGUGAUAUAACAUAUACCAAUAAUUCGGAGCUUGGCUUUGAUUACUUGAGAGAUAAUCUUGCUGGAAAUAGCGAACAGCUUGUUAUGAGAUGGCCAAAGCCAUUUCAUUUUGCUAUUGUUGAUGAGGUGGAUUCAGUCUUGAUUGACGAGGGAAGAAAUCCGUUGUUGAUCAGUGGUGAGGCCAGUCAAGAGGCUGCACGGUACCCUGUUGCUGCAAAAGUGGCCGAAUUGCUUACACAGGGCAUUCAUUACACCGUGGAACUCAAAAAUAAUUCGGUGGAGUUGACCGAGGAAGGAAUUACUCUUGCUGAAAUGGCUCUAGAAACAAAUGAUCUUUGGGAUGAAAAUGAUCCCUGGGCUAGAUUUGUGAUGAAUGCUUUAAAAGCUAAAGAAUUCUAUCGCCGAGAUGUGCAAUACAUUGUCAGAGAUGGAAAGGCUUUAAUUAUAAAUGAGCUGACAGGAAGAGUUGAAGAGAAAAGGAGAUGGUCUGAGGGGAUUCACCAGGCUGUGGAGGCAAAGGAAGGUUUGAAGAUUCAGGCAGAUUCUGUUGUCGUGGCACAAAUUACGUACCAAUCAUUAUUCAAGCUUUAUCCAAAAUUGUCAGGAAUGACUGGAACUGCAAAAACAGAAGAGAAAGAGUUCUUAAAAAUGUUCCAGACGCCAGUAAUUGAAGUGCCCACAAAUCUUCCUAAUAUUCGCAAAGACUUGCCUGUUCAAGCAUUUGCUACUGCUCGUGGGAAAUGGGAGCAAGUUCGCCGAGAAGUUGAAGAUAUGUUUAGACAAGGGCGUCCGGUCUUGGUUGGGACAACUAGUGUAGAGAAUUCUGAACUUUUAGCUGGUCUGCUUAGGGAGUGGAAUAUUCCCCAUAAUGUUCUGAAUGCUCGACCCAAGUAUGCUGCGAGAGAAGCUGAAAUUGUUGCACAGGCAGGACGGAAACAUGCCAUUACAAUAUCUACAAAUAUGGCAGGCAGGGGCACAGAUAUAAUCCUUGGAGGAAAUCCAAAAAUGCUUGCCAGAGAAAUUAUAGAGGAUAGCGUGGUUCCUUUUUUGACACAGGAGGAUCCAAAUAGUGAACUUGCCGGUGAGGCCAUUUCAGAAAAGAUGCUUCCAAAGAUAAAGGUGGGAUCAUCAUCAUUAGCCUUACUGGCUAAGACAGCCUUAAUGGCAAAAUAUGUAUCGAAAAGUGAGGGUAAAAGUUGGACAUAUCAGAAGACUAUAUCUUUUAUCUUGGGGUCUGUUGAAUUGAGUCUUUCGUAUAGUUUGAAAGAGCUGGAGGAGCUUGCCAAUGAAGAAUCUGAGUUCUACCCACUUGGUCCAACGGUAGCACUUGCUUAUCUGGCAGUUUUAAAGGAUUGUGAAGAACACUGUUUGUGUGAAGGGUCUGAGGUAAAAAGGCUGGGGGGUCUUCAUGUGAUUGGUACAUCUCUACACGAGUCCCGAAGAAUAGACAAUCAGCUUCGCGGCAGAGCUGGAAGGCAGGGUGAUCCAGGGUCAACAAGGUUUAUGGUCAGCUUGCAGGAUGAGAUGUUUCAAAAGUUCAAUUUUGACACUCAAUGGGCUGUUAGAAUUAUAUCAAAGAUUACAAACGGAGAGGAUCUGCCAAUUGAAGGUGGUGCCAUUGUGAAACAGCUCUUGGCAUUGCAAAUCAAUGCAGAAAAGUUCUUCUUUGGCAUAAGAAAGAACCUCGUUGAGUUUGAUGAAGUAUUGGAGGUGCAACGAAAACAUGUUUAUGAUCUAAGGCAGUUAAUCUUAACAGGAGAUGACGAAAGCUGUUCCCAACAUAUAUUGCAGUACAUGCAAGCAGUGGUGGAUGAGAUUGUCUUUAGUAACAUUGAUCCAUUGAAGCAUCCUCGUAGUUGGAGUUUGAGUAACCUCUUGAAAGAGUUCAAGACAAUUGGUGGAAAGCUGUUGCAUGAAUCAUUAGGAGGGAUUAAUGAUGACGCUUUACUAAAUUCACUAGGGCAACUGAAUGAAGUGAAUUCAGUUGAUGUUGUCAACUUUUGCCUUCCAAAUUUGCCAGCACCUCCAAAUGCUUUCAGGGGUAUUCGCAGGAAGAGCUCUUCAUUAAAACGAUGGCUUGCAAUUUGCACCGAUGAUUUAAUUGAGAACGGGAAGUAUCGGACGACUUCUAAUCUCCUUCGCAAGUAUCUUGGAGAUUUUCUAAUUGCUUCGUAUUUAGAUGUUGUUGAAGAGUCUGGUUAUGAUGAGAGACAUGUAAAAGAGAUUGAGAGAGCUGUUCUUUUGAAAAGUCUUGACUGUUUCUGGAGAGAUCAUCUUGUAAACAUGAAUAGGCUUAGCUCUGCGGUGAAUGUUAGGAGCUUCGGCCAUAGAAAUCCUCUGGAAGAAUACAAAAUUGAUGGCUGUCGGUUUUUCAUCUCAAUGCUCAGUGCAACUCGAAGGUUAACUGUAGAAGCACUUUUACGACAUUGGACAUCUCCAAUGGAAUCCCAAGAAUUAUUGUUAUAAUAAUCAUUUGAAUGCAUUGUGCAUUAAAAGUAGAUAAUUCUCUCAAGAGUUUUCAACUUAGACCACAUCUAUUUUUCCUCCAAGGAUUUCUAUGAAGGUAAAUUUAGCAAGGCCAAAUUUUUGUACAAUGUUAUUGAUGUUUCACUUAGUCGGUGUGCAUGGUCUAGAUAACAUAAAAGGGGGUCUGUAGAAUAAUUUCAAGAUUCAGGGUUACUUCAUCUAUAAGUAAUGUUUAUCCUUUUUCCUGGUCUGUCAAAGUUAUGGAGAAGAUACAUAGAGAUGCUCACAAAAAUGAUUUGUAUAUUUGCAUCCUAUUACAGGGCAAUCAAAGGAGCUGAUCCUAUUUAUUCAGAGGUUUUGUGUAGAUUACAUGAGUUUUGCUGAUUAAUUGUAUUUCAGGCCCACAUUGAUGGUGCCUAGUGCCUAGUAGCUAGAACGGGUUUAGUAUCUACGCCAAACACAUCCAAGUAAAUAUCUUUUCCGUCCUCUUUGUUCUACCGGAAAAAUAUGUAGCCAAUUUAGAUGUUCAUUGAUCUUUCAAGAGAGUCAAGGGCUAUAAUGAAAGCCACAGUCCCUCAUGUUUCUCAUGCUUGUAUGUAUUUUUUAUCGCUUUGUAUGUUAUAACAAACAAAUGUAAAAUAUGAAACAUAUUUAAGUAAUAUAUCAUGAGAUGUGAUUGCUA